AUGCAGUUCAUCCGGCUGGUUGCUGUACUGGCCGCUCUCAUCCCACUCAUGGCUACCGCGGCCAGUGCACGCCCGUACGGUAUGGCAGAGGUGUUACGGAGGGUACCCAAGAGGGCCAUGCCGGACAGCUCGUCCACACGCCCAAGGGUAGCUCUGAAACCCACCUCCAACAAGUUCCGUCGCCUUGGCCGAUGGACUAUGGCCUCACCAUAUGCGGAUUCACUCGCCGCCUCUUGGUGUGGCGCCAGCAUUUCCUUCUGCUUCUCUGGGAGCUACCUCAGCAUACGGACAGGCUCGCGUACAGAGCGCAAGGACUCGUUUAAUGGCGGAACUCCGAUGAUAGCUUGUUCAGUCAGCGCACGUUCGGAAGGUGGUGGCGAUUCGAGCACAAACGAGAAUCAGGUGAAGACGUACGAUUGCGGGCCAUCACAGGAGGUUGUUCUGGUAGACGAAGACACUCCGACAGCGCGACCCGUCCCUGUCAAGAUUACCCUCACUCUGGUGGAUUGGGCAUCCGUGUUCGAACUGGAGAGUGUCGUCGUGGAUAAUGAAGACAGCGUCCAGGCUUUUCCCGAUGACCCUCGCUCAGUCAGAGUACUCGCCAUCGGGGACUCGAUCACGGCAGGCUACUCAGAUGGCUCACAGCCAAUUCCUCUGGGCUGUCUCAGCGCGUACCCACACAUCGCGAAGGCACAGCUCCACGCGAGAACGGGUAUUGAGCUCGAGCUCGAACUCGUAGCCUUCCCCGGUGUGACGCUCGUAGCGCCUACGCCAGAGGAAGCGGACGAGGGCGCCGGGCAGGGUAUGAUAGACCGGUUCUUUCAUGCGUCCCAAUGGUCGGACGGGCCUGCAGCACUAGACGAACAGCCCUCAAUCAUAGUGAUCGCCCUAGGUACGAACGAUGACGCGCAAGACGUGUCCCCCAUCAAUUCGCCUCAACCAUGCAUGCUUUCGUCGGCCCAUCCCUUCCCCGAUUUUACUGCAGACUCGGAUCCUGAAACGACAGAAAGCGCCGAACAGGUCUCUGUCACACGAGACCUGUCGUCAGCUUUGGCUUCGUUGAGGUCCAAUGCCGGGCAAGGUGUCGAAUUCCACGAAUGGGACAUCGGAGGCGACCUCAGGAGGGAGCACACCAUGGACGGACUACAUCCGACAAUUUACGGGCAUCAUAUGCUUGGAGAUACACUCGCUAAGCAAUUGACAACGCUCGUCAGCUCUAUAGCGGUGUCAUAG